GUGACCAGUAAACGGUGCAAGAAACAUAACUCUCUUUAGCUGCAUGGUCAUAGCUUCCCUUGAGUGACCGGCGAUUGUCGGUUGAAGAGUUCCUCCACCACAGCGUUCACGCUGGUGUCACGAUCCCAGCACUUCUGAUGCCUCUAAACAUGUGGAGUUUGGUAUUUCAACGCAUGCCAGUAUCAUGCCUUUGGUCAAGUACUUUGCGCACAAUGAGUACAGGAGUGGAUAAGACACUACUUAAUAAACUACGCAAGCGCACUGGGUACACUCUGAUUAACUGCAAGAAGGCACUCGAACGGUGUGGCAAUGAUUUAGAGGAUGCAGAAAAAUGGCUUCAUGAGCAGGCACAGAAGGAAGGUUGGUGCAAAGCUACAAAGCUCCAGACUCGCUGUAUGUCACAGGGUUUGAUUGGCAUUGUGAAUGAUUGCAAAGCAGCUACUAUGGUCGAGGUCAAUUGUGAAACUGACUUUGUGGCCCGCAACUGCAAGUUUAUCGACUUGACCUCUCAAGUGGCACAUGCAUGUCACCAUUUUUUUCUCAAACAAAAAUUACCCAUGAUUUUUGCCAAUAGAGGUAUGGUCAACUCGAUCCCAGCACCUCAGGGCUGUAACACUCUGGCAGACAUAGUGGCACUUUGCAUUGGUAGUGUUGGAGAGAAUAUGGUUCUGAGACGAGCUGUUCACUUAAAGGAAGAAAAGAGUUCUAUCAGCUCAUACGUCCAUACUUCAUGCCCUGAAAUUAAUGCAUGUAAUAACUGCUGCUUAGGCAAGUAUGGGGUUCUGAUGAGCCUACAACAUGAUGGGAAAUGCCAUGAGCGAGACGAGUGCAAUCCAUACUCAGGCUUGUCGCUGGAUAAAGUUUCCAAUGUCCUCGGUCAGCAUAUUGUGGGCAUGAAUCCAAAGAUAAUUGGGUACGUUAAUCCAGACAACUCAUGUAAUAGGGCACCAAGAACCUGUCAAGAAGAUGAAGAUGACUCAUGUAACCGACCUACACGAUCCUGUCCAGACAGAGAAGAAAACAAAUGUGAGGAACCACCACGGAGGGAAUGCAAGGAGCCAGAGGAAGACAGAUUAUUGUUCCAGGAGUUCCUUUUAGAUCAAAACAUCAGUGUUGGGGACAUGUUAAAAAAAAAUGGUGUCACUGUUAAAGCAUUUGCUCGCUUCGCUUGUGGAGAGGCAUUACCUGAUGAUUAGCUAUAACCUCAAAGUACACCUACCUCAUAUAAAUCAUUUGAAUACUGAACAUAUAACACAUUCUAAAAAGUUACCCACUAAAGUCUUUUCAAACUUCUGCACCUUUGCUUUGGUUUUAUGUUAGGAAACUUUUACCUGGUUUUCUACAAUUGAUCACACUAAAGCAUUUCUCAGAAUGUAAUGCAAAGGGGUUUUGUUUAAAAUUGGGUCGGGGUGGGAGGUUAGUAACACAUGACAAAGCUCAACUGAAUAAAAUAAAAACAGAAGUGUGAAAAAUGUGUCCUAAAGCACAAAUUUUUUUUCAGUCAUAAAUUUUGUAGUCUUCUCAAUUUCUUAAGGUAAUAUACAGGGAAUCCUGUAACUGACACCAUCACAGUGAAUAAUGCAAACAGGAUUUUAUAUCAAUCCUUGACCCAAGUCAUCCCAAUAUACCUUUCAAUCAAGUUUAAGGUUUUCUUGUUGAGGUUGACAUCUUGAGAAUGUGCUAAGGAGCAGGGGUCAUACUGUCGCGAACAACUUAUCCAGGAUUUUUUUUUUUUUUUCUUCCUAUCAUGAUGGGUAUAUCUGUAUCUCGAUUCUGCAUACUCCUGUUCCAUCACCCACACCACAGGACCAUGAUUUGGAAAUAAUAAACAACAAAAUUAUC